AGGUCGUCGUAACGUUGGAUAUAGCUGUGUCAUAUUUUUUUAAUAAAUUGACCAACGGACUGGACAGCAAAAGGAUCAUCAGAAUACAUUUUCUGCGCUAACGCAGAGGAGACGGACUAGAGACGAGGCAAGCACUGCUGUCUCUCGCUCUCUCGGCUUGCGGGAGAAGAGAAGAGCUGUUUGUUUUGCAUGGAUUCGUGUUCCAAAGUUCCAUCCAUCCCUUCCAACGUCCUCGUCACCGAGGUGGGGCUUAACGUUACGGGGCAAGAGGAGAGGAGAGGAAAAGAAGAGCGAGCCAUCACUUCUCCGGUUUGAUCGAUCGGCCGGAAGCAGAACGGGCUUGGGGACCAGCUUGAUUGCGCGUGAGGAAACCGAUAUCGCCCCUGGGGUAUUCUUUCAACGGCAGGAGGUAGUCUACAGCACGUUUGACUGAGGAGUAGGAAGUGCUGAUACAAACGAUAUAAACGUUCACUGCUGAAUGAUACCUCGGAGUGAAAGGGUCGAUUGGAAAAGGGGCAUUACGCAGUGUCGAAAACACUUCAGAAUACAAAAUACAGGUGUUGGGAGGUACCAGCCACAGCCCAGUGCUGGAUCCCAGAGGGCUCGUCAGUGUGGUAAGGACCCCCAGGACCCCCGAGGGUGGAUGGAUCGCUUCAGGCCGAGGCUGACGAGGCCGGGGUCGGGGCCGGGGAUCAGGACGGGGUCGUCGUCCUCCUACCCAGCAUGCCUCUGGUUGGGCCUACUGACUGUGGCCGCUGCCUUCCUGUGUGCAGAGGGCGACCACACCACCCCCAGCCCCGCCACCACAGACUCCCACAAUGCCACCUGCUCCGAGGGCACGUCCAGGUGCAAGCCAGGGAUCAUCCUGCCCAUCUGGUAUCCUGAGGACCCCUCCAUGGGGGAUAAGAUGGCCCGCGUCAUCGUCUACUUCGUAGCUAUGAUCUACAUGUUCCUGGGAGUGUCCAUCAUAGCGGACCGCUUCAUGGCGGCCAUCGAGGUCAUCACCUCCCAGGAGAAGGAGAUCAUUAUCAAGAGAGCCAACGGAGAGACCACCACCGCCACCAUCAGAGUCUGGAACGAGACGGUCUCCAACCUCACCCUCAUGGCCCUGGGUUCUAGUACCCCUGAGAUCCUGCUGUCUGUCAUCGAGGUCUGCGGACACGACUUCGAAGCCGGCGAGCUGGGGCCGUCUACGAUCGUCGGCAGCGCUGCCUUCAACAUGUUCGUGAUCAUCGGCCUGUGUGUGUCAGUGAUCCCAGAGGGGGAGACGAGGAAGGUGAAACAUCUCAGAGUGUUCUUUGUGACGGCGGCGUGGAGUAUCUUCGCCUACAUCUGGCUCUACAUGAUCCUGGCGGUGUUCAGUCCCAACGUGGUCCAGAUAUGGGAGGGGCUGCUCACCCUGGCCUUCUUCCCCAUCUGUGUCAUCCUGGCCUGGGUAGCCGACCGACGACUCCUCUUCUACAAGUUCAAGAAGUACCGCACCGACAACCACCGCGGUGUGAUCAUCGAGACCGAGCACGAGCGCUCCAAGGGCAUCGAGAUGAUGGACGGCGGCGGCAAGAUGGUCAACUCGCACUUCGCCCACGACGGAUGCGUCGCCCAUAACCUCAUCAGCCUGAUCGAGGGGAAAGAAGUGGACGAGUCUCGGCGGGAUAUGAUCCGGAUCCUGAAAGACCUGAAGCAGAAACACCCAGAGAAGGAGAUGGACCAGCUGGUAGAGAUGGCUAACUACUACGCCUUGUCUCACCAGCAGAAGAGUAGAGCCUUCUACCGCAUCCAGGCCACGCGCAUGAUGACGGGCGCCGGGAACAUCCUGAAGAAGCACGUCGUGGAGCAGACCAAGAGGAGCGCCAGCGUGCAGGAGGUGUGUGUGGUGGGGGAGGAAGUCGAGGAGUACGUGUCACGGAUCGCCUUCGAACCCGCCGUGUACCAGUGCCUGGAGAACUGUGGCGCCGCCCUGCUGGCCAUCUCCAGGAAGGGCGGCGACAUGGCCAAGACCAUCUAUGUUGACUACAAGACAGAGGACGGCUCAGCCAACGCCGGCGCAGACUACGAGUUCACGGAGGGCACGGUGGUGUUCAAGCCUGGCGAGUUCGUCAAGGAGAUUAGCAUCGGCAUCAUUGAUGACGACAUCUUCGAGGAGGACGAGCACUUCUUUGUGCGUCUCAGCAACGUGCGCGUCUUGGAGUCAGACGAGGACGAGACGCUACUGUCUCCGAACUCUCUCCUUUACCCCAAGGCCCUGCUGGGGUUCCCCGCUGUCGCCACUGUUACCAUCCUGGACGACGACCACGCCGGGAUAUUCACCUUCGAGAGCGACACGUGUCACGUGAGCGAGAGCGUGGGCGUGAUGGAGGUGAAGGUGCUGAGGACUUCGGGGGCGAGGGGGAUGGUCAUCGUGCCAUAUCGUACCAUGGAGGGGAUCGCCAAGGGAGGAGGGGAGGACUUUGAGGACACCUACGGAGAACUGGAGUUCAAGAACGAUGAGACCUGGUAA